AUGGCUCCUCACGCGAAUGGAACAAGUGCUGCCUCUGGCGCUGUUGGCGGGUCGGCUGGUGAGAAGACCCCCCUCUUCACCGUUCAAUCUCCGGAUGUGGUCUACACUGAGGACGCGAUCAAAACUCAGUAUGCCUACCACACCACCGAGGUCACUCGGACCCCGGACAACAAGUUCGUUGCUGUCCCCAAGUCCCAGACCUACAACUUCAAGGUCGACCGCAAGGUCGGCAAGGUCGGUAUGAUGCUCGUCGGCUGGGGUGGGAACAAUGGUACCACCGUCACGGCCGGUAUCAUUGCCAACCGCCGUGGCCUCGUAUGGGAUACUCGCGAGGGCAAGCGGGAGGCCAACUACUAUGGCUCCGUUGUCAUGGGCUCGACUAUCAAACUGGGCACCGACAAGUCCGGCCAAGAAAUCAACAUUCCCUUCCAUGACAUGCUCCCAAUGGCCCAUCCUAAUGACCUCGUCAUUGGUGGCUGGGAUAUCAGUGGACUGGGAUUGGCCGAGUCUAUGGACCGUGCCUGUGUCCUCGAACCUUCCCUCAAGGAUCUCGUUCGGAAGGAAAUGGCCGAGAUGAAGCCACUGCCUAGUAUCUACUACCCCGACUUCAUCGCUGCCAACCAGGAAGACCGUGCGGACAAUGUGAUUCCCGGCUCCAAGGCUUCGUGGGACCACGUCGAACAUCUUCGCAAAGAUAUUCGCGAAUUCAAGGAAAAGAACGACUUGGACAAAGUCAUUGUUCUGUGGACUGCCAACACUGAGCGUUAUGCCGAUAUCAUCCCUGGUAUUAACGACACUGCUGACAACUUGAUCAACGCGAUCAAGUCUGGUCACGAGGAAGUGUCGCCUUCCACUGUCUUUGCGGUGGCCUCGAUUCUUGAAAACGCUCCUUUCAUCAACGGAUCCCCGCAGAACACCUUUGUUCCUGGCGCUAUCCAAUUUGCCGAGAAGCACAAUGCCUUUAUUGGUGGUGAUGACUUCAAGUCCGGACAGACCAAGAUGAAGUCUGCACUUGUUGAUUUCAUGAUCAGCGCAGGUAUCAAGCUUACUUCGAUUGCGAGCUACAACCAUCUGGGCAACAACGAUGGCAAGAACCUCAGCUCUCAGAAGCAGUUCCGGUCCAAGGAAAUUUCCAAAUCCAACGUGGUUGACGACAUGGUGGCGGCCAACUCAGUCCUGUACAAGGAGGGCGAGCACCCCGACCAUACCGUAGUCAUCAAGUACAUGCCCGCCGUUGGGGACAACAAGCGUGCUCUCGACGAGUACUACGCUGAGAUUUUCUUGGGUGGUCACCAAACCAUCAGUCUUUUCAACGUGUGCGAAGACUCUCUUCUGGCAUCUCCCCUGAUCAUUGAUCUUGUGGUCAUUGCCGACUUGAUGACUCGUGUGAGCUGGAAGUCAGAAGCCUCGGGAGACUACAAGGGAUUCCACAGUGUCCUCAGCGUUCUUAGCUACAUGCUGAAGGCUCCUUUGACACCCCCUGGAACUCCGGUGGUCAACGCUCUUGCGAAGCAGCGUGCUGCGGUCACCAACAUUUUCCGCGCAUGCGUCGGCCUUCAGCCUGAGUCGGACAUGACCCUGGAACACAAGCUUUUUUGA